CGCCGGGGAAAUACAUAAAGCAAAUCUGCCUGUGAACGAUUUAUAUAACUACAAUAUAGGAUCAGAGUCUGAUUAUUGGCUUAACAGCUUCUCAACAGCCGUCAGUAACAGCAGUCAGCAGUUCAAAGAACGAGAAUAACAACAAGCAUGAGCUUCAGCGUGGAAGAGAGAGGCAGAGACAAUACUCCAGACUACAGAGUUUACUUCAAAAACGUGGAGGGAAAAUAUAUCUCUCCAUUCCAUGACAUCCCCAUCUACGCUGAUGAAGCCGAGAACAUCUUCCACGCUGUUGUCGAGGUUCCUAGAUGGACAAAUGCAAAAAUGGAGAUCGCCACUAAAGAUCCCCUCAAUCCACUGAAGCAGGACGUGAAGAAAGGGAAUCUACGUUACGUUAGCAAUGUCUUUCCUCAUAAGGGCUACAUCUGGAACUAUGGAGCGAUUCCUCAGACAUGGGAGGAUCCAGGGCACAGGGACGGAGACACGGGCUGCUGCGGCGAUAACGAUCCCAUCGAUAUCUGUGACAUUGGGAAUAAGGUCUGCUCUCGAGGGGAAAUCAUCCGAGUGAAGGUGUUGGGGACUCUGGCGCUGAUAGACGAAGGAGAAACCGACUGGAAAGUCAUUGUUAUAAAUGUCGAGGACCCAGAGGCUGAAGACUUUAACGAUAUCGACGACGUCCGACGACUCAAGCCCGGAUACCUGGAGGCCACGCUUGAUUGGUUCAGGAUGUAUAAAGUGCCUGAUGGGAAGCCAGCAAACCAAUUCGCCUUCAAUGGUGAAUUUAAGAACAGGGAUUUUGCCAUUAAAACAGUUAAGGACACUCAUAGUUUCUGGAAAGCUCUAAUCUCCAAGAAAACAGACGCUGGAGAACUCAACUGUAUGAACACCUGUGUCUCCGACAGUCCCUUCUGCUGCUCUGGCACCGAAGCCAAAGUCAUUGUCGAUUCAGCUCGUCCUCACGGUGACGCAGAACCGGUUCCCAGCUCAGCUGAUCAAUGGUUCUAUUACAAACAACCAUAGAAGAUCAUCAGCGGCGACAGGAACAAUAAAUUGUCAGAAAACAUUUUAUUUCACCACAAACGAAUCCAUCAAUCACGGCUGUCAUAUUUCUGCAGUAUGUUAUAUUAGUUACUGAUCAACACUGUAUAGUUUGAUUAAUAAAGUUGUAGGGCCUGAGAAAGGUCUCGGAUGUUAGAAAGUCUGUAUGAACAUGCAAACUGUGAAUCCGAAUUAAACAAUGUGACUUUAUAAACAUCUCUGGUGGUCAUUAUGAUAAACUAUUUUACUGAAAUACAUGUUAAUAUAAUGCAUCUUUCUCACAUCUAUUUAUAUAUGGUCAUCAUGUGUAUGUUAAAGGAACAUCUAAUUGUAGCAUAUUAGAUUAAUUUGUAUAACUGCAUGGCAACACCUGAUUCUACAGGUAAUUGUUGCUAACAUGAUGUUAUUCUUGACUUCAUGCACCAUCACCAUGGCAACCAUCAUCAAUGAAGCAGCAUCUGUUACUCCAAAUGUCAAGCAGGUGUGAACUGCUGUUUACAGGAAAACGAACAUUUCAUUGUCAUUAGAGGAUGGUGUUAACCAUGCAUAAAGAUUAUCUUCCUGCAAUUAAGGGAAAUUUCCUGUUCUACACAGAAGAAAAAAAACUCAUUCUGAUUUUAAAGAAUUAAAUAAAAGCUUUAAACUUUAUCGCGUCCCUUUAAUUAUUUCUCUUAAGCAAGUAUUGAAAAUUUAAUUUUAAGCCUGUCAUUACCAUCAUACAAAAUUAAAAUCCACUUAAAGAUUGAUUAAGGCAGAAAUGAGAGCUUUAUUACAGGAUAUGUGAUUAAUGUUUUAACAUUUGAUAUGUAGACUGAAUAAGAAUUAAAGUAAAAUCACCCAUUUGUUACACUUUUUUAAUACAACAUUUAAAAUACGUUGAGUAGAUUGAGCAGAGUAAGUAAUAAGGUGUUGGAAUUGAUGAGUAAAUAGUGGCAUCUAGUGGUCAGUAAUUGUAUGUGCAACAGACCUGCAUUGACAGAGGUUGGCGAUUGAAAGGGUUAGUACACCCAAAAAUGAAAAUAAUGUCAUUAAUUACUCAUCCUCAUGCCGUUCCACACCCGUAAGACCUUCGUUAAUCU